AGACUUUUCUGGCAUUUUGGAAAGGACUGUAAUCUACUGUAGGGGAGAACAGAGCCGCUCAAUCACCGCCGCUGUAAAUAGGAGACGGAAGGGAGUGAGAAAGGAGGCGAAGAGAAAAAGUGCUUGCUGGGGGGGGAGGGGGGGCGGCAUUUUUGGUGGAUGGUAUGAAGCCAGCCAUGGAAACUGCAGCGGAGGAAAAUGCAGAACAAAGCCAAGAGAAAAAAGUGAUCACCAGACCAGAAAUGGAAAUUGGCAGGUACCACUGGAUGUACAGGAGUUCAAGGCCACACCGGUACCAUCAUGUGCCAGCAUUGAGAGGCAAUAUUAGUCCUUUGGGGAUUCAAGGUUGCUUUGAAUGUUGCAUUAAGUGCCUAGGAGGAGUGCCAUAUGCUUCACUCGUGGCAACCAUUCUCUGCUUCUCGGGGGUAGCAUUGUUUUGUGGCUGCGGCCACGUGGCGCUCACGGGAACCGUGUCUAUCCUCGAGCAGCACUUCUCCACUACUGCCAGUGACCAUGCUUUGCUGAGUGAAGUAAUACAGCUAAUGCAGUAUGUAAUUUAUGGCAUUGCAUCAUUUUUCUUCUUAUAUGGCAUAAUCCUUUUGGCGGAAGGUUUUUAUACAACAAGUGCUGUGAAGGAGCUGCAUGGAGAGUUCAAAACAACAGCCUGUGGUCGCUGCAUCAGUGGAAUGUUUGUUUUCCUCACCUAUGUGCUUGGAGUGGCCUGGCUCGGGGUCUUCGGCUUCUCCGCUGUGCCUGUCUUUAUGUUCUAUAACAUCUGGUCAACUUGUGAAGUCAUCAAAUCUUUUCAGACCAAUGUGACAGUUCCAGGGGACCAGAUCUGCGUGGACAUCAGGCAAUACGGUAUUAUCCCUUGGAAUGCUGUACCUGGCAAAGCCUGUGGCCCAAUUUUAGAGAACAUCUGCAACACGAAUGAGUUCUACAUGUCUUACCACCUGUUCAUUGUGGCUUGUGCUGGAGCUGGUGCCACUGUCAUAGCAUUGAUCCACUUCCUCAUGAUACUGUCUUCUAACUGGGCCUACUUAAAGGAUGCAAGCAAAAUGCAGGCCUACCAAGAUAUCAAAGCAAAAGAAGAGCAGGAGCUUCAGGAUAUCCAGUCUCGGUCAAAAGAGCAACUCAAUUCUUACACAUAAAUGUUUGCCACAAUAAUUCAGCAGAAGAGUUCUGUAGCUCUGACAAAUCAGCAAAUAGCUGCUCUGCAGUACAGAUGUGUGUCUAGCAAACGAAAUUAGAGAGAAGUGUAAAAGCUUCACAUUCCAGCUCCUGGAAAACUUUUUUAGGGAAAUCGUCCCAUUGGUAAUCUUCCAUGCUUUCUAAAAGAGAGUGGAGGGUUUAUUCCAGGCAUUUUAAAAGGCAACACUUUACGAAAAGUGACCAAAUUAUUUUUCUUUGAGACUUGGUAUUAUAGUUGUUCUAGAGCAUGACGCCCUGCACAAAACGGUGGCGGGUGCCCCUGCCAAGCAGGCAGUAGAUCUGUGCAAACCUCAGGCACAUGCAGGGUGUGUGACUGAGCACCUCCCAAAGGAACCUGUGCCCAGCUGGGAUUUCUGAGAGGAGCUCGUGUGUGUGUGAUGGCACAGCUGCAGCACCUCCCAGGCGGUGCAGGGGGGCUGUUUGGGAACGCCCCACACCUGGGCCAUGGGAGCAGCUGCACUCCUGUGCCACACACUGCCACGAUGAAGCCGUCGCGUCCCUGUGCUCACCUGAGGUCGAGCAGAUCUCCCCAGUUCUAAUCUUUUUAUUAACUAUUUAAUGGAAUGUAGAUCCCUGGAUCUGGAUAAUGAUCCCCUUCUUUGAAAAUAAAUGUCAGCUUUGCCUUAAUAUUUAUUUUCUAUAAAUGUUGUAGCAUUUAUAUAUUGGCAGGAGACCAUUAUCCUACAUUUUAAGAAAGUGAAAGUGUUACCUUAUUAAAAUGACACUGAUCUGACAAUUCCAAAUGAGUGGAUGAGAAAGUUUGCAGAGUUUUACACAAACAAUAAAAUUUGCAGCCAUAAAAAUAAUACAGGAUGUCCACCUUUCUCUAUCUUGGUGCUUAGCAAAUUUAUAGUCAGUGCUUAUGUGUUUUCCUUUUUACAAAUUAAUUAGCACACUAAGAAAACGUGGUGUUCAGAAAAAAAACCAACAAACAAACUGGUGCCAUUUUAAAGUCAUUUCCCAUAGAAGUCUGCCUUCUAAUUAAUGUUUUUUUUCAGAAGCAUUCAGUGAUAUCUUGAGUAUUAGUGAUGGUAUAUUUGGUGUUUGUUCUAUAUGAUAUAUAUAUAAAUAUAUAUAUAUAAAUGUUGGGGGGGAAAGUAAAAAUACAUCAUUCAUUUGAAAAAAUUAAAUAUUCAAGUCAUACCCCUGCUAAGCUGACGUGUGGUUUGGUAGUUUUGACUGUUUGCUGAAUAUACAUCAAAGGAAGCACAAAUUCCUUCAAGUCAGUAUUAAGAGAAAAGGCAUUUUUUGGGGUAUUACCUUCAAAUAUAAUUUCUUUUGUUAACUAUUGAAGUCUAAUUUGACAGUUUCAAAAAAGGGGCAAAGUUGAUUGAUGUAGAGCAAAUAUGACAAAAUAGCCUAGUGUAUGUUCUUACCUGUUGCAUGAAGGAGACAUUUCUACAGCAAUGCAGGUGAUGUUCUAGCCCAGUGUUUGCAUAAGGGUAAUAAUGGAGGCAGUGUCUUAAAGCCUAAUUCUUUUCUAAUUCAGUGUAGCUAUUACUGGGAGUUUUUGAAGUUUUGUUUAAGUAGUCUAAUAUUUUUAUGUAAAGAGCAUUAAAUUUUGCUAUGUAUAAAUUUUUGUAACCUAACAGUGAAUCAAUAUUUUCUAUCAGUGCCAAGGGCUUCCUGUAGUUACAUCCAAGUGUUAAAAUAAAUAUUUGUAGAUAAUAGACAA